GGAGCAGAAAGGAAAAAUAGUUUCAAAAUACUCUAAUAUUUCUGUGCCCAUUCCUGUAAAAAAGGUGAAAAGAGGGUACUCGGAAGAAAACGGGAAGAAAUGCAACAAACUGAGAUUUAUUGAUUGAAAAUAGUGAAUUUGUAGAUAGAUAGAUAAACAUAAUUCUGUCCUUUUUUCUCAUAGAUCUAAUUUGCUGUCGUUAUUUCCUCUUUGGAUCUUUGAAAUUCGGUUACAGAUCUCCAACAAAGAAUCUGCGCUGUGACGCAUUUGAAUGAUCAAGCUCAUAGGAGGCUGGAGGUAGGACCGUAGGAGGAGAGUCAAGCUACUAAUUUCUGCAACUGCCCGCACACCUGGAUCUUGUCGAGCUCUCCAGGAGCUUCACAACGGACCCAAUCAUGAAUCCAUUCUCAUCUGGCACCCGUCUCAGGGACAUGAUUCGUGCUAUACGUGCAUGCAAAACAGCAGCAGAAGAACGUGCUGUUGUGAGAAAAGAAUGUGCUGCAAUUCGAGCAGCAAUAAGUGAGAAUGAUCAAGAUUAUAUGCAUCGCAAUCUUGCGAAACUCAUGUUCAUUCACAUGCUAGGCUAUCCAACACACUUUGGUCAAAUGGAAUGCCUGAAGUUAAUUGCAUCUCCAGGAUUCCCUGAGAAAAGAAUAGGAUAUCUUGGCCUUAUGUUGCUUCUGGAUGAAAGACAAGAAGUUCUCAUGUUGGUCACUAACUCGAUAAAACAAGAUCUUAACCACACCAACCAAUAUAUUGUUGGACUUGCCCUCUGUGCAUUGGGAAAUAUUUGUUCUGCAGAAAUGGCACGCGAUCUUGCCCCAGAAGUUGAAAGAUUGCUUCAGUUUAGAGAUCCAAAUGUUCGUAAAAAAGCUGCGUUAUGCUCGAUAAGGAUUAUAAAGAAAGUUCCAGAUCUCGCAGAAAAUUUUAUAAACCCUGCAGCCUCCUUACUGAAAGAGAAGCAUCACGGAGUUCUAAUAACUGGUGUUCAGCUAUGCACAGAUCUAUGUAAAGUCAGCACAGAGGCUCUUGAACAUUUUAGGAAGAAAUCCACAGAUGGUUUAGUCAAAGUUUUAAAGGACGUCGUGAAUAGUCCUUAUGCACCCGAGUAUGAUAUAUCAGGGAUCACAGACCCUUUUCUUCAUAUAAGAUUGCUCGAGCUGUUGCGUGUCUUGGGACAAGGUGAUGCUGAUGCAAGUGAUUCUAUGAAUGAUAUUCUGGCUCAGGUAGCUACAAAAACUGAAUCCAAUAAGAAUGCUGGCAAUGCCAUUCUGUACGGAUGUGUUGCCACAAUUAUGAGCAUUGAAGAUAAUGGUGGAUUACGCGUGCUUGCUAUCAAUAUCCUGGGGAGAUUUUUAUCCAACCGUGACAAUAAUAUCAGAUAUGUGGCACUGAACAUGCUGAUGCGAGCAGUUACGGUGGAUAGUCAAGCAGUGCAGAGGCAUCGAGUAACAAUUUUAGAAUGUGUGAAGGAUUCAGACCCUUCAAUCCGCAAAAGGGCCCUUGAGCUUGUGUUUCUUCUAGUCAAUGAAAGCAAUGUAAAGCCUCUGACCAAGGAACUUAUUGAAUAUCUGGAAGUGAGUGAACCGGAUUUUAAAGGAGAUCUCACUACCAAAAUUUGCUCCAUAGUGGAGAAGUUUUACCCGGAUAAAAUUUGGUACAUCGAUCAGAUGCUCAAGGUUCUAUCUGAGGCUGGAAGUUAUGUUAAAGAUGAAGUUUGGCAUGCCCUCAUUGUGGUGAUUACCAAUGCUCCCAACCUCCAUGGAUAUGCAGUACGAUCUUUAUAUGGGGCAUUGCAAACUGCAGGAGAGCAGGAAAUUCUUGUCAGAGUUGCAGUUUGGUGCAUUGGAGAAUAUGGUGAAAUGUUGGUUUCAAAUAAAGCAAUGCUUGAUAUAGAAGAGCCUGCCACCGUAACUGAAUCUGACACAGUGGAUGUUGUAGUCGCUGCACUCACAAGCCAUUCCAGCGAUCUGACUACCCGGGCAAUGUGUCUUAUUGCUUUGUUGAAGCUUUCAAAUCGUUUUCCAUCUUGUUCUCAGAGGAUAACUGACACCAUAGCUCAAUAUAAGGGAAGUUUUGUUCUUGAACUCCAACAGAGAGCUAUGGAAUUCAACUCUAUUAUUUCCAAGUACCAGAAAAUCAGGCCCACAUUAUUAGAAAGAAUGCCAGUCUUAGAUGAAGCCACUUAUAGUGGAAGGAGGGCUGGUUCUGUGCCAGGAGCUGUUUCAACUUCACAAGGACCAUCUGUUAAAGUUCCGAAUGGAGUUGACAAACCAGUGUCUGCUCCCCUUCUUGAUUUACUUGAUCUUGGUUCAGACGAUGUCCCAGCACCUAGUUCUUCUGGUGGGGACUUCCUUCAAGAUCUUCUUGGAAUUGAUUUGUCGCCAGCUGCAACACAACCAGGUUUAAAUCACGAACAAAAGAGUGGGACUGAUGUCCUGCUUGAUCUCUUGUCCAUCGGAACUCCUCUGGCUCAAAAUAGUGGUCCAUCUCCGCCUCAAGCACUUACCACUGAAGGGAACAAUAAAAAUUCGGUAGACCUAUUGGAUAGAUUGUCCUCGCCUUUGGCACAAACUUUGUUACCUGCUAUAAAUUCUCCCAUGAUGGAUUUGUUGGAUGGGAUCUCUCCAAGUCCAUCUAUCGAAAGCAAGGAUCUGCAAUAUCCACAAAUUAUUGCUUAUGAGAGCAGCUCCUUAAAGUUAACGUUUGACUUCUCAAAGAAGCCAGAGAAUCCACAAACAACAGUGAUUAAGGCAAUUUUUACUAACAGUACGCAAAAUGUAUUCACAGACUUCAUCUUCCAGGCUGCAGUCCCAAAGUUUCUUCAACUGCAUUUGGAUCCAGCCAGCAGUAACACACUCCCUCCAAGUCACAACGGAUCAAUUACACAGAACUUAAGAGUCACAAACAGUCAACACGGCAAGAAAUCCCUUGUUAUGCGGAUAAGGAUAUGUUACAAGGCGAAUAACAAAGAUGUUUUGGAGGAAGGACAAAUCAACAACUUCCCACAAGGCUUGUAAAAGUAGUGAGAUUUUGUUGCUUUCACCUUAGUCAUUUCACUGCAGAGAAGCAUGUUUUGUAAUUUUCCAGUUUGCUGUUUUGUAAUUUUCUAGUGCAAUUAUUGAAUUGUUUUAUUCAAAUGCAAUGCGGCUUGUGCUGAUUGGGAGAUUAUCAAUUUUCCCGGGCAUUACAUGAAGAUAUAUAUCACAGAUUGCUUUUCCCUUCAAAAGUGGGCCGAUGUACAUUAUUUGGAGAGAUUCAUGUAUAACCAGCCAUUGUGAGAGUGAAGUUUUUACCAAAAGGAAUCGCGUGUCAUUUUUUGUUCAACAAUUUAGGACUGCUGUAAUCUUUGCCAGACAUGGAGGUUUAGAGCUAUUACGCAAAACUCUAAUGUAGUUUAAUUUGGAAGGAUUUGGUGGCCAGGUUCCAUGUUAUAUGUGUU